UCCUCGAUUCCUCCGGCUACGUCUUGUGUUUUGUCAAAGUUGCAACAGUAUCUUGGGCUGCAGUCGUGUUGGAUACAAAUUCUGAUCGUCAAAAAAAAAAAGCUGUUGCAUUUAUAUUCUAUUCUAACAACAUAGUAAUGAAUGAAUAGCUAUUCAUUGAAUACUAUGUUGCAACUGUGAGUCACGCCUGCGCUUUAGCUCUAACAAAUGUUUAGGUCACGCAGGCGCAAAUACAACUUACGGCGAGUGGUGCGCAUGCGCAAUUGCUCAUGAAAAUGUGAACUCGCUUUUGAACAACGUACAGAGCGGGUGGGACUGCUCUGUACGUAAUGUAAUGAAUAAUCCGGAAAUCAAUGGAGGGAGGAGCAACAAACGGCCGGGAGAAUAUGGAUGCUGCUGGACCCUUAAGCUCGGGUUUGUCCCAGUCUGUUGAAGUUAAUUUGACAAGCCCAGAGGGAUCCAGCACCAAUGCAGACCUGCCUUUGCAGGAUGCUGAUAUGGAUGUUAAAUGUGCUAUGGAGGAGAAUGUAUCUCCCUUGGAGUCUGAUGAAUCUGAGCCCGGGGAGGAGGCAGCACAGCACCCACAGGCUCCUCCUUCACCCAGGUAUGAGAGUGGUACAGAUGACUCGCCACCUCGGGGAGACAUGGAAGAUAUCCCUCUACCCUCAUCCUCUGAAGAAGCCCCCGCUGCAGAAGAGAUCCCUGCAGCAGCCCCUCCUGCACCAGCAUCCCCUCCUGCACCAGCAGCCCACCAUGCACCAGCAGCCCGCCGUGCACCAGCAGCUACUCAGGAGGAGAUAGCAGAGCUGCAGAUAUUAAGAGAUUUUCUUGAAGAGAUGCGUGCCUCCCAGAGGGAACAGGUGGAAAGCAGAAUCCAGCUGAUGGAAGCAAUUAAUGAUAUUCGGCAAGACCAAAGAGAGCUUCGCCAAGACCAAAGAGAGAUCUUGCAUACUCUUAAAGAUAUAUUGCAGGUCCUCCGGGAGGCGCAUAACGCACCAUCUGCUGCUGGACCAUCUGCUUCUGGGCCAUCUGAUCCUGGGCCAUCUGCUGCUGGACCAUCUGCUCCUGGCCCUCCUCCAUCUCAUCCUCAAUCUCCUCCUCAGCCAGGUGAUCCCAGUACUCCUCCAUCCCAUCUUCCCCAAACAUCUCCUAUGAGAACUCGUCGGAGGGGGCAGUUGUCCCCCCAGUACCUCAGUCUCGUGGGAAGAGGGGACGGAAGAGGAAGUAAUUUUAUUUUUAUAUUUUUAGUUAUUUAAUGUCUAAUGGAUAGGUAUGUGAUGAUGUGGUCUUCUUACACUUGUGGAGCACACUCUGUAUAUAAUCUGCUUCUAUGGGGCCGGUACAUGGAGGCAGAUUGUUUGCAGAGUGUGUUUUACAAGUGUGUGGAGACCACAUUAUCACAUACCUAUCCUUGUUGAUUACAUUGAUUGGUUUCUGUGAUGUGAUGUCCAAACUAUUUCCCUAAUCUCAAACAAAAUGACCAUUACAAUUAUACAUGAUGGCAUAUCACUGUUUUGAUGCCAACAACACAGCUUAAAGGGACAGUCAUAACAUUAAUUAUUGUUGGUUACAAAGAAAACACUUUAUUACACAUUAUCAAGUUUAAAAAAAAAAAAAAAAACUUAGAGAAAUAAACGUUUUACUUCUGUGAUUAACCUUGUAUCUAUGCCUCUGAAAAAUGACAACUUAUUUCUGUUCUUUUGACAGACUAGCAUUUCAGACAAUCACUGAUCAAUCCAGGGUAACUAUAAUGCAUGAGCUCAAUGUUUCUAAAUGAAACACAAAAAAUAAUGCCCUCUAGAGGUCAAAAUGCAUUCAGAUUAGAUGCACUCUUUAAGGUCUAAGAAAUGAACAGAUGAACCUUCUAGGUUUAGCUAUCAACUAAGAACACCAAGAGAACUAAGAUAAAAUGGUGAUAAAAGUUUGAGAUUUAUUUUUAAAAAAAUGAAUUUUUUGAGAUUUAAAACAUUACUGUUUUGCUUGACUUGACUGUCCCUUUAAACAAGAACAUAUGCUAACAUAUACUAAUCCUUAGGGAUUGUCGGUAUAUCUACACGUACUUGUUUAAACAAGAAAAUAUUUGAAUAGGAUACUAAGCCUGUAUGCCAUAUUUCUCUCGACGUGUUAAAUAAAGUCUAUUUUCUUAAAGAUA